UGGGAAUAAUAGACCUAUCACCAACAGGAUCAAGACAUAAACAAACCAUGCAGACUUCUCCUUUGGUCUUUACAACAGUUAUUACCAUAUUAAUAUGUGUAUUUACAGUUGACAGUGCACCAUUGAGUGAAGGUAUUUUUGGUCAAACUGAAUAUAAAGGACAACGUAAAUUCCAGAAUGAUUUUUUCUCAGAAUUUUUCCCCAAGAGUCGACUCACAGAUCCCAAGCUUUUACCAAAAAAGUCUGUAGUAGUUGUUGAACCACAGAAGAAUUUUAAUGCUUUACAAGACGCUGCUUGUACUAUAACAUAUGACGGUGAAUGUGUACCAGAAGCUCAAGCAAUUUUACCUAAAAAUAUCUAUUCAAGAACAAUUUGUGGACCAGGUUGGGUUUGCUAUGAAUAGUGCUGCUAACAAAAUCUGGAAAUAGUAAUGGUUUACCAUUGCCACUAUUAAAAAAACGGAAAAUAUGGUCUGAUCUUGAAAGAAACGCAGAAAAAACAAUAAUACGGAGAAAAGCUUACAAUAAUUAAAAACUACAUGGUUCCAUGUGAGGAUACAAAAUGAUGAUUCAGUUGAAAAAAAGGAAUAUUGGUUUAUUGUGUGGAUAAACACAGGAACAAUUCUGUGAAAUACAGAGUAUAUUAAAGGUAUUAUAUCAUUUUAGGUCACAGAUAUAAAGUAUAUUGUACCUUUAGAGCAGGUUACAUAUAGUUCAAGUUUUAUAGUGAUAUAAUUCUACCAAACCCAACUUGAAAGUAACACCUUCAUCAUAAGUAACAUUUCUUAAUAUUGGCGACCUUAAAACAUUAUACUAUGUGUUAAAAUUGUACAAUGAAAUCCUUAAAAUCAACCGAAAAAUAUGGAAUUAGACUUUUCAUAAUUGGACUUCUAAUUUACUUAAUCUUUCUUUGAUUCCAAAUUUAUCAUGGUGUUUGAGUAUUGACUAAGAAAUAGUUAUUCCUUAUAAAAAAAAUAAGCUAAAAUAUAAUAAGAUUAUAGAUUAUGAAGCAUUAUCUGAGAAAUCGUACCUUCGUAAAUUAAUAAAAUGGCUUUAAUGCUAGCUGCAAGACAAUACUAUUAUAGAUCUGAAUUCUUUAUUUAAGACAUGAACAUAUAUAUACAUUACUCUAGUCUUGAUAAUCAGAAAUAAGUUAUCUUAUCCCAUUAUACCACUGCCAUAACUUUGUCUGUAUAGUCGUUCAAACUACUCUUAAGGAUGAUUCAGGAGUAAGAAAACUUUAUCAUAAUGUGCAAGUUCUCAUUAAUAAAAAAUACUCGGUGUAUAAUUAUAAUGCUGUUUGGUGUUUUUUAUGUUCUCUCAAUGCUCUCUUUUCUUAUCUCAUGUCUGUUAUAUAUUUCAAAUAAGGUUUACAAAUAUUGAGCAAUAUAUAUUAAUUCUGAUUUAAGUAUAAAAAGUUACAUGAUAUUUUCCAUUCUACACCAGUUUCAUGAGUACAGAAGAAAAUAACUUUAAAGUUGACAAUAAUAUGUUUCAUAUCACAAAAAAAAAAUUUAUAGACAAGAUAGCUAAAGCACCAUAAACCAUAAAAAAUGUAAUAAAGAAAAAAAUUCAACAAAACAAAACUAAUACUUUAAAUUUAACUUUGAUCAAUCAAUUCAACGUUACCAAGGCACAAUAUGAUUUCAAGAGAGAUAGAACAGAUUAUAAAACAUUGCCAAUCAAAUAUACAGACCAUUGGCCCACAGCUAUAUUUGCUACAGUCAAUUCAUCUAGGAAUCUUUAUUUAUUGUGUGGAAUGAUGGCAAGGUUUUAGUAAUACAGUAUAUUAAUGUUACUGAAUAUUACAUCUAGAGUGUAACAAGCAUAUUAUAUAAAAGAAAUGGUUUGGACUAGUAAAACUUUCAAGUAAUAUUUACACCAACAGUUAUUGAUGUGAUUGAUGUGAUUUUUUUGUCCACCAGUUCGCAAACACUGUACCAAAACUUAGUUUGUGAUAUCAGCCUUUGCAAUACAAAAAACAAAAUAUAAUAACAGGCAGUACAAUAUAAACAGUUCACAUAAUGAAAUAUUAUAAUAUAAUAAAAUAUAAAAGAAAAUACUCUGUGAUAUCAAAAGUUUCUCCUUUUACCAUUGGAACACAAUUUCAUUACUUGUAUUAUUAUCGUAAUCAAAAGAUGUUGAGCUAUAACAGGUUUUCAUUUCUGGACGUGUAAAAAUUCUAACACUCUUUCAUCUUCAACAGCCUCUUGAAAUGCUGGAUAAUCUCCACAAUAUAUCUCUCCAUUAAAGAUUUGUGGUGGUAGGGCAUCAGGCUUGUUGGCUUUACCUCUCAUUUCAUCUUUUAGACCACCACUCAUAUCACUUGAUAUAUCAAUAAACUUGAAGGGUAAUUUUUUACUAGUUAAAACCGUCUCUAUAUGGUUCUGUUGUGUUGCAACAUUAGAAUUGGAUGAUAUAGUAGUUCCAUAAACUCUGAUAGCUGCUUCUGAACUCAUUUCGUAAAUUAAAUUUUUGUCACAAAUCUAAUAAAAAGCCUAUGCCUCCUGUCUAACCA